CUAAUAAUAAAGUAAUCAAUCGCUCUCCAAAUUCGCGGGAAGGCCAUGGCUGUUGGUCAGUGCAGCUCUCUUCUCUGGUCGUGCAGACCAUGCACGCCGAGAAUACCCUUAUCCCCUGUCGCGCCCUCUCCCAUUCUCUCGACUCCUAGCCCCACUCCCAUUCGCGCAAGUUCCAAACAAUUGAGGCUUUCAACGUCCAGGAUUGGUAGGGUUGUUGCUGCUGUGGUUUCUGAGAAAAACGCAAUUCAGUCGAGUUUCGCCGGCACUGAUGGGUUCAAACUCACUUACUUGGAGGGGAAUAGCUGGUUGUGGGAUGUGGGUGGGUUGAAAAUAUUGGUCGAUCCAAUCUUGGUGGGUAAUUUGGAUUUUGGGAUCCCCUGGCUUUAUGAUGCUGCCAAGAAGUUUUUGAAGAAUUUCCAGCUAAGUGAUCUUCCAGAAGUUGAUUGUUUACUAAUCACACAAAGCCUCGAUGACCACUGCCAUUUGAAGACUUUAAAGCCACUCUCUGAAAAGUACCUGAAUCUUAGAGUAAUAGCUACACCCAAUGCUCAGACAUUGUUGGAUCCCCUUUUCAGCAAUGUCACAUAUAUGGAACCUGGUCAGAGCUCCGUAAUUGAAGCAAGAAGUGGUUCUACAGUCAAAGUUCAGGCCACUGCAGGGCCUGUUCUUGGUCCUCCUUGGCAGCGCCCUGAAAAUGGAUAUCUUGUCAGUUCUCCACAAGGGAAAUUUACUCUUUACUAUGAACCCCAUUGUGUAUACAACAAGAGUUCAGUGGAGAAGGAAAGGGCUGACAUUGUCAUCACGCCGGUCAUAAAGCAGCUUCUGCCUAAAUUUACUUUGGUGUCUGGACAAGAAGAUGCAGUUGAACUUGCAAAGCUGCUGCAUGCCAAGUUCAUUGUCCCGAUGACAAACGGAGACUUGGAUAGCAAAGGGCUUCUUGCUAGUUUAGUUCAGGCUGAAGGAACAAUAGAAUCAUUCAAGGAACUUUUGUCCAAGGAAUUACCAGAUGCGCAGGUACUGCAGCCUACUCCUGGUGUACCUCUAGAGAUCCCGCCACUCCCAUAAUUUGUUUUUGCAGAUACACAGAAACUGUAUCUCCUUAAAAAUAUGUAAUCUUUAUCAAAUCAAAUUUGUAAUUUGCCAAAUGGAAGUUCAUUGAAAGGCAAGGCCCAAUGGGCUUGGUCUCGCUACAUACUUUUUAAAGAAAAAGAAAGCCCACUGCCGGUACAGUUAGAGGCGCAAAACAUUUGUAAUUUAUAGAAUGAGUGCAAGUGAUGCGGGUAAGUAUGUGGAA